GUGUGUGUGUGUGUGUGUGUGAGAUGGGAUCUGCCCUGGGCAGAGGACAAGCAGCCAGGAGCAGGGAAAGAAAAACUAAAGAAGCCAGGAAGGCCAGACUCAAUAGUAAGGCUAACCUGAAGAAGUUUAUGGAGUACAUGCAGCAGAGGAACAUUGAAAAAGUCUCAAGGUUCCUGGAGAAAGGCCUGGACCCCAACUUCCAUGAUCCAGACACAGGAGAAUGUCCUCUAACACUGGCAGCACAGCUGGAGGGAUGUGCAGAGCUCAUCAAGGUGCUGAAGAGUGGAGGGGCGCAUCUGGACUUCAGAACAAAAGAUGGCAUUACUGCCCUACACAAGGCCGUGCGCAGCAAGAACCAUACAGCGCUUAUAACGCUGUUAGACUUGGGGGCAUCGCCUGACUAUAAAGACAGUAGGGGGUUGACUCCUCUCUACCACAGCUCGAUGGUAGGAGGAGACCCCUACUGCUGCGAGCUGCUGCUGCAUGAUCAUGCACAGGUCGGCUGUGUGGAUGAGAAUGGCUGGCAGGAGAUACACCAGGCAUGCCGCUAUGGCCACGUGCAACACCUGGAACACCUGCUGUUCUAUGGAGCUGAUAUGAGUGCCCAGAAUGCAUCUGGAAACACCGCCCUGCAUGUGUGUGCUCUCUACAACCAGGAUAGCUGUGCACGAGUUCUCCUGUUCCGGGGAGCCAAUAAAGAGAUAAAGAACUACAACAGCCAGACCGCCUUUCAGGUGGCUAUUAUAGCAGGAAACUUUGAUCUGGCUGAAAUCAUAAAGGUCCACAAAGUAUCAGAUGUCGUGCCUUUCAGGGAGAGCCCCUCCUACACCAACCGCCGACGUGCGAUUCCUGGCCCCCUGCCCUCGCCACGUUCCUUGCUCCGCUCCGCAAGUGACAACAACCUGAACGGGGACCAUGAUCACCUCCACAGUCAGGCCCCCAGAGAAAUGCGUGGCCGUCAGGGUCACUCCCCUGUCCCCUCACUGCGCAGUCUGCCAGCUUUUGGGCAGCAGCACAGCAGCCUUGGAGAGAGCCGUCAUGGAGAGAUCCCUGACAGCAGUCUCCAGAGUACAGGCAGCUCCAGGUCCUCCCAUUCCCGCUCGCCUUCGCUACAUCACAUGCAUGAAGAUGAUAAGCCAAUUGCCAGACGGUCCCACAGCCAUGGCUACCCUCACGGACAUGGCCAUCGUGGAAGGCUCAGCCCCGGCUCAGUGCAGCGAGACCCAAGCCCCCCUCAUCACACCCCUCCAGCGCUGACGGGCCCCCGCGGGCCCAAGCGGAAACUCUACAGUGCUGUCCCAGGACGUACCUUCAUUGUGGUCAAGCCCUACACGCCACAGGGGGAGGGAGAGAUCCAACUCAACCGUGGAGAGAGAGUCAAAGUGCUGAGUAUAGGGGAAGGAGGUUUCUGGGAAGGCACGGUCAAAGGGAGGACAGGCUGGUUCCCAGCAGACUAUGUGGAAGAAGUUCAGAUGAGGCAGUAUGACCCACGGCUUGAGACUCGGGAGGACCGCACUAAAAGACUGUUCAGACACUACACUGUGGGAUCCUACGAUAACUUCACCUCAUACAGUGACUAUAUCAUAGAGGAGAAGAAUGCUGUUUUACAGAAGAAAGAAAAUGAGGGGUUUGGCUUUGUCCUGCGGGGAGCAAAAGCCGAGACGCCCAUUGAGGAAUUCACCCCCACCCCAGCGUUCCCUGCCCUUCAGUACCUGGAGUCUGUGGAUGUGGAGGGAGUGGCCUGGAGGGCUGGUCUGAGGACAGGAGACUUUCUCAUUGAGGUAAAUGGAGUGAAUGUAGUGAAGGUGGGCCAUAAGCAGGUGGUGUCCUUGAUUCGGCAAGGGGGCAACAGGCUGCUGAUGAAGGUGGUGUCUGUCACACGCAAACCUGAGUCUGAGGAAGUCGUUCGCAAGAAAGCACCCCCGCCACCCAAAAGAGCUCCCAGCACCACCCUGACACUUCGCUCUAAGUCCAUGACCGCUGAGCUGGAAGAACUGGCUUCUGCUCGGAGGAGAAGAGGAGAGAGACUAGAUGAGAUGUUGGCAUCCCAGGAGUCUAUGUUGCGUUCUCAGCCUUCAGAGACAGAUUACAGAGCAGCCACUGUCAAACAACGGCCUACCAGCAGGAGAAUAACACCAGCAGAGAUCAGUUCACUGUUUGAGAGACAAGGGAUGACUCUACAUGGAGGUCUUCACCCAGGCAUUGAGAGAGGUCACAUACCACUACCAAAGGGGAUGUCCAGGACCAAGUCUUUUGGUGCCACUGAGGAGGAUCGGCUGUCUGCCCUUGCAGGCGAGCACAGAUUUCCCCGCAGUUCCUCUAUGACAGACAGCCUUCGAGACCACUCACAGCCCCAUCCCAUUCCUCCACCGCCACAAAUGGCACCUCCUCCUCCUCCCUACUACCUUGACACUGGUCCUCCCCCAGCUUUCUGUCCCCCUCCUCCCCCAUCUAGGACCCAAAGUCAGGGCCAUGAGCCUGGAGGACGCUCCAGCUUCAAACCCUCCUCCUUGGACCUACCUUACGAGGCCGCUCAGCGGCAGGCCACACACAUUGAGAGACAGAAGAAAGCCCGCUCCAUGAUCAUCCUCCAGGACUCUUCUCAUCUACCUGUAGAGCCCACAGAAAUUCCCCGUCCUUCUGCUGCUAUACCACCUGAGCGAAUCAAAAGGAAGGGUCGGGUUAUUGACAACCCUUAUGCUAAUGUAGGUCAGUUUAGCAUUGGACUGUACACACCCACCAAACCCCAGAGGAAGAAAAGUCCUCUGGUGAAACAACUACAGGUGGAAGAUGCACAAGAAAAAGCUAGUUUGGCCUUAGCUGCUGCCCACUCCAGAGAGAGCUCACCCUCAGGACGACACCCACAUACUCAUGGGCACACACACACCAGCCGUGCAGACUACUACCAGCAGCAGCUGAUGGCUGAGCGAGAGCGUAUGCGUGCCCAGGGAGAGAUGAUGUUUCAGGGUAAGGGUCCCUUCGCUGCUGCGAUUGCUGGAGCGGUGAAAGAUCGUGAGCGUCGCCUAGAAGAACGGAGGAAAUCCACUGUCUUCCUUUCUGUUGGGACCAUGGAAGGGGCGUCCACCACCAGCUCUGACGCCCCCUCUCUGACUCAGUCUCACUCCAUCGAUGAAAGAAUGCUCACCCGAGAGCUGGGACAGCUGCCUCCCCCGGCCUUGGCCCUGAGCCCUUCACCUAGUGGGACCACCUUUAUCCAUCCGCUCACAGGAAAGCCCCUGGACCCCAACUCUCCACUGGCUCUUGCGCUGGCCGCAAGAGAGAGGGCACUGACCUCUCAGUCCCCAACUAGUAGCCCAGAGCCCAGGACUAAACAGGAGCGAGCAGGCCAGGGCGUAAUAUUCACUGACCCUCAGACCAAAGAGUCUCCACAUGGGGAAGGGGCACACACACCUCCCCCUUUCUCGCCCAGUGGCGCCAAGGCUGCAGGGUAUGGAGUUCCCCCAGCAUCUGUUUUAGUUCCCCAGCCCACUAAACCCCAGUGGGCCACAUCACCAUCACCUGUAUCAUUCCGGCAGGAGAUGGAGGCCAGAGUAGAGGAGAGAAAGGAGGAGAAGAGACUAGAGGAUAAAAAAAGUAUGUUGAUCAGUAUUAUGGAUACGUCGCAGCAGAAGACAGCAGGGCUAAUCAUGGUCCAUGCUACCAGUAAUGGCCAGGCAGUUGGCGUGGGUUCAGAACUAGAACAGACACUCGCCCCAACAUCCACAGAGCCCAGCAAAUCUCCAAGUCCACGGGCUAAAUCCCCUAGUCCCACAGUCUCCCAGCCCCAGGCCCAGGCCCAGCUCCAGGCCCAGCCUCAAAGUCAGCGUCCUGCCAGUCCAGCCCAGGACAAGAGUCUGGCUCAGGGAAGUUCAGAGGAGGAUGUGGAUCCGUACACAGUGACCCUGCCCCCUGCAAUGUUGUCCUCCAGUGAUGAGGAAACAAGAGAGGAGCUCCGUAAAAUUGGAGUUGUUCCACCACCGGAUGAGUUUGCUAAUGGGCUGCUGGCUCAGGCACAGGGGACACCAGUGUCCCCAACUAAACCUGCCCACUCUAUCACUACCCCUACAACAUUAACACCCCAAACUCCCACAACCCCAACUGUGACCUCCACCCAGCCUCAGCCCCCACCUCCAUCCAGUGCAGCAGCCGUCUCAGGGAAGCCCUCUGACCCUCUGGAGCCCCCACCGGUAGGUGAGUCUGGCUCUGCGGCUGACUCAGGCGUGGAGGAGGCUGAUACCCGCAGCUCCAGUGAGAGAGAGCGAGACCACCACCUCGAGACCACCAGCACCGUCUCCACAGUUUCCAGCAUGUCCACACUGUCCUCAGAAAGCGGCGAGCCUGCCGACACACACACCACGCACACCUCCUAUGCCGACGGGCAGACCUUUGUGCUCGACAAGCCGCCAGUGCCUCCCAAGCCCCGGCUCAAGUCCCAGAUAGGAGGCAGUAAAGGCCCUGUCACCUUCAGGGACCCUCUGCUGAAGCAGAGCUCUGACAGCGAGCUGCUAUCACAACAACAGGCUGCUGCCCUGGCUGCUGCUGCAGCUGGAGGAGUUGGGCUGCCCUCAGGUGGUUCAGCGUCAGUGACUGGACUAGCCCCCACCAAGCCACGCUACCUCUUCCAGCGGAGGUCCAAGCUGUGGGGGGACCCAGUGGAGCCUCGUGGGCCGGGGGUGGGGCUAGGUAUUGGGAGUUUGGGCAAUCUUGGUGGGCUGGGACUUGGGCUGGGUGCAGAUGAGGGAGCAAAACCAUCUGUUAUGGGGGAACUCAGUUCACGACUACAGCAGCUAAAUAAAGACACUAGGUCAUUGGGAGAGGAACCAAUGGGAGCAUCACUUGACCCUGGGAGGAAGUCACCAGUGGCAGGUGCCAGUGGAUAAUCCCUCUUGGUUCUUGCAAUAAGCCCACUGGAAGAGAGAUUGCAAACACAGAGGCUUUUAUUAUUUAAAAGCAAACAUGUUUUAUAGACCAGGAUUUGGAGUCUAUUUCAGUAUGAAAUCUGAUAGUAUUUCACUGCAAAGAGGGAUACGUACAGUCAAAAACAGCAGCUUUAAGUUUUAGUUCUGUGUAUGAUGUGGUUUUACUCACAUUUUAUGUGCUAAUGAAUCCAUGUUUAAGCCAAUCCACUGUGAUGGUAAGUUAUAAUGAGAUUAUAGGUCACCAGCAUUGCUGGCAUUAGCUUCCCUAACACUAUUAGUGUAACAACAUUGUUAAUAUGUGCUGUAACUUUCCAUGAGUCAUAUAAAGAAGUGAAGACAAACCUGCCUCUCACGCAGUGACACCAUGGUUAUCUGAAGCGUCUGAUGCACAGUGCUGUUU